AAUAUUUUCUUCAAUAUUGUUUUAUCAAAAAGAAAAAAAAACACAUUGGCCGGUUUAAUUUAUCGUGUCGUACCUACAAACGGUUGUUCCAUGCUACAAACUGUCGUUCAAUUUAAAGGCAUUCAUACCUUGACUUAAUUCACAAUGCAAAACACAAAUAAAUUGCCGCCAAAUUCCAAAAAACGUAAGACAUUAUUGUAUAGAAAAUCACCCUUUGUAGUUAUUAAUACAAAUAUGUCAGCCUUACACAUUGGUGACAAUAAUUGUGAUGUUAAACUGAAAACGGACGAUAACAAAAUAAUAUCUGCACAUAGAAUGGUUUUAUUAGCAGACAAUCCGUAUUUCCGUGCUAUGUUCACUAAUUUUGCGGAAAAGAAUCAAGAUCUUGUGGAAAUGAGACAUAUAGAUUAUACCGCUUUACUGCUCUUAGUAAACUUUAUAUAUACAUGGAAAGUCUUGAUCACUGAAGAAAACGUCCGGGAUUUAUUACCUGCGGCAGAUCUCUUGCUGUUUCACGGAGUAAAAGAGGCUUGUUGUGAUUUCUUACAGUCACAGCUCUGUUCUACAAAUUGUAUCGGAAUUAAUAGUAUAGCAGAUUUACACAGCUGUACAAAAUUGAUGACAAGUUCAGAAAUAUAUAUUAAUCAACACUUUUCAGAAGUUUUUGGUGGUGACGAAUUCCUAUUGUUAUCAUCGGAACAAGUAAUUAAGUUGAUAUCCAGUGAUAGACUUCCAGUAUCAUCUGAUGAAAAAGUAUUUGAAAGUGUUAUUAGUUGGGUAAAAUAUGAUUUGAGUUCAAGAAAUAGCAUUUUACCCCAAUUAAUGGAACACGUACGAUUACCAUUAACAUCGAAGAAUUUUAUAUUAAAAUAUGUAGCUGAGGAACCUCUUAUUAAGAAUUGUUUAAAAUGUUGUCAUUAUGUAUUGGAGGCUAUAAAUACACUCAAAUCAGAAGAGCUUAUUCCACAAAGCAACCGGAAUAAACCCAGAUAUGGAGAAAAAGUUAUAUUAAUUGUUGGUGGAAUUAUGUCUGGAAUGAAUGAGAGUUUAGAAUGGUUCGAUACACGAACGAACCUAUGGCAUCCAGGACCAGAAUUGAGAACACAGCAUGGAAGACAUAGUCUAGUCGUAAUUAACGAUAAUUUUGUAUAUGAUGUGGGUGGCUAUGCCCAUGGUUUAUCACCUUAUCAGAGUGUUCUUGUCCUAGAUUUAUCUGCAGAAACACUUUGUUGGCAACCAUGUGACGAUAUGUUGGUUGAAAGAAAAUUGUUAGGCGUAGGUGUCAUUAAUAAUAAUAUCUAUGCCGUAGGCGGAUUCAAUGAUAGAGAUGGUAAUUGCAGAAGUGCUGAAGUUUUUAACUACAAUACUCAAAGGUGGCAUAUGAUAUCAAAUAUGUCUACUACAAGAUCUUUAUUUUCGGUUGGAGUUCUGGAUGAUCUUUUAUAUGUGGUAGGAGGUUAUGAUCAAUCAAGACAGACUGUAAAUACUGUUGAAUGUUAUAAUCCCACUAUUGAUACGUGGUCACCAGUCGCAAACAUGUAUGCACGUCGCAGUGGGGCCGCUGUAGGAGUUUUAAACGGUGAACUGUAUGUUGUAGGCGGUGAUAAUGGAUCCUUCAAUUUGAGUAGUGUUGAAAAAUACAGUCCAAUAACACGAGUUUGGACAUCUGUUGCGGAAUUACUUUUGCCUCGAGUAAAUGCAGAAGUAGUUGCAUUAGAUGGUUUAUUGUAUGUCGUCGGUGGAAUGUACAAAUAUAAUCAUUUGUUUUCUGUAGAAUGUUACAACCCAAACACCAAUAGAUGGACCAUGGUCACAGCAAAAUGGAACAUGAAUCGGUUGUCACCUGGAGUAGUAACGAUUAAUAGGUCACGACAUUUUACAUCUUGUUAGCAUUCAUGAUUUUUUUUUUUUGGUACAAUAUAUAAAUGUUUUAAUAUUUUGCACUAUAGUAUCUUAUACUAUGUUUAGGAUAUAUGAUUCAUGCAUUUUUUUCUUACAUAAAUAUUUUACUAUAUUGUAUAACAAUACCUGUAUUUAUUGUAUUUUUUUAAUUUUUAACUUUAAGUUUUAUUAAAAGGUUUCUGUAUACCUUUGUCAAUUUAACGAUAAUUCAAAUUCGGAUCAAAUUAGAGAGGUAUUUAAAUGGAGAAUAACAAUUUUAGUUAUUUUGUUUUAAUUAAUAAAUAAUAUUGGUGGACACAUGGAA